AAAGAUAUUGAAUUUCUAAAAAUAAAAAAGUAUAAGGAUUAAAUUUCGAAUUUAUUAAAAGUAAAGGACUUUAGUGCAUAUGUUAACUUUACUAGAUUUCAUGACGACAAGCUGACGCGUGUCCACUCGUCAUCCCUACGCGGUUUCUUCGUCACCUUACCCCACACCACCACGUCUCAUUUAAACGUCCCUUCACUUUCAUCUGUUUGGUAUUUGAGAAAAUACCAGUAACUCAACAGUCCCAUCAAAACAACUGUAAGAUUCUUUUCUUACUACUAUUUUCUUUCUUUCCUUUCAUUUUCCCCAGAAAAUAUAAUUAUCUUUUCGAAACAAGAUGUUGGCAUCGUCAGAAAACCUAGCGACCAUCGAAACGUCGACGUUUCGUUCCCUCUUCGACGAUCCUUGGAUCUCCGAAUCCUUUUCUCGCGACACACAAACUCUGACGAUAGCGUUACAAAAGUCAAUAUCCGAUUCCUUCACCGGCUCCAUCGCUUCGCCGGUGCCUGAAACGGCACCCAAACGGUACCAAACCGCCGGUCGACCGCCUACCGGGAAAGUUUCCAAACGCAAGCCUCGCGCCUCGAAGAAGUCUCGAACUACCUUUAUAGCAGCAGAUCCAGCCAAUUUCAGGCAGAUGGUACAACAGGUAACCGGAAUUGGAUUUGGUGACGGAAAGAUGACGACGGUGAGUCCGAUCCUUAAACCGGAGCCUCAAAGACCCGGCGACCGGUUACCUAACGGUACUGUGCCUGGAUAUUUACCUACGUUGGACACGUCGGCGUCGUUGUUGGAUCAUCACCAGCUGCAUGAGCAGCCAUCUUUUGACACUUUUCCGAAUUUUCCCACAUUAGAAUCCUGGAAAGUUUAGGGUUUUCCUCCACCCCCCCCUUUUUUUUCUCGAGCUGUUUCAAAUAACUUAGAAUGUAAAAAAAUGGUAAUUUACUCUUUAGUUCAUAUAAGUUUUUCAUAGUUAAA